AUGUCUCUGCCAGAGCUUCAGCGAUUGCCGGUUCCUCACACGGAGCUGGUCAACUACAUUCACGACCACCCAGAGACAAAAAUGGUCGAGAUCAUGGAGCCUUACCGCAAGUACGAAGCCCAACUCAGAUCAGUCUUCGCUCAAGACCGUGGAAAUCCAGCUCUCAAUGACCCGUACAUCAAUCUUGUUCCAUUGUUCAAUGAGAAUACUAAGAAUAUCAAAACCCGCGCCCGUUUUCUUGCGUCUGAAACUCAAGAGGAGAAAGACCGAUACAUCAUGGUGCUUCCCGAUGACAAGCGCCGAGCCAAUGGCUCUCCUGCUGUAGUCUCCUCACUGAAAGACUUUCAGAAGAACUUCAAUGUCUUCUCAGAAUCGUCUCUUGUCGACUUGAACUGGGACAAUGUCGUUGCCGCUGGGUCAUCCGUUAUCAACACUCUCUUGCCUGUCCCCACCGAGUUUAACACCACCAAGCGGAAGCUGAGAGAAUACUACCACGAGAAAUUCUGCCCAGCAUCUGAUGUCGACCUCUUCCUCUAUGGCCUUACCCAUGACCAGGCCAUUGAGAAGAUCAAACAGAUUGAAGCCGCAGUUCGAGAUGCUAUUUUAACUGAGGUCACAGUCGUGCGCACAAAAUACGCCAUUACUAUUGCGUCUCAAUAUCCCACUCGCCACAUUCAAAUCGUUUUGCGCGUGUACAAGUCCAUUGGAGAGAUCUUGACUGGAUUUGACAUCGACGCAGCUGGUGGUGCUUAUGACGGUAAGCAAGUAUGGGUAACCCCUAGAGCCUUGGGAAGCUUCAUCACCCAGAUCAAUCAUAUCGAUCUCACCCGCCGAAGUCCCUCAUAUGAGAAUCGUCUGUCCAAGUACAGUCACCGCAACUUCGAGGUCUAUUGGCCUGAGCUCGACCGCAGCCGCAUUGAUCCCACCAUCUUUGAGCGGAGUUUUCAGAGGACCCUUGGCCUUGCAAGGCUUCUGAUUUUGGAAAGACUUCCCACAUCUUCUGUCCGUGAAGAAUAUCUCAACAAGCGCAGACAGGAAAGAGGACGCCCAGCGGCAAAUCGCUACAACCCCCAUCAAUUGCAUGGCAACAUCAAGGACAGUCAUGAGGAUGAAGUUGCAGACUGGGUCGACGAGAAUGAUGUAUCCAACUAUCAUACCUUCACAGUUCCUUAUGGUCAACACUUCCACGCAAAGAAGAUUGAGAAGCUGUGUUACACCCGAGAUCUCCUUCUCAAUGCGGAGUGGAACCAACCCAAAGAGAGAGAAGUUUACCUUCAUAGACAUCCUGCCUUCUUUGGCCGUGUCGAAGACGUUAUUGAAGACUGCUGUGGAUCUUGCCCGACGCCAGUGACUCCUGAGGAGAUUGAGGUAGCUGAAAAAGAAGCCGAGAUCUACAUCUCUGGCAAAGUCACGUUUCUUAUCGACGAUCCUGGCCGACAGCAAAUUGGUUCCUUUAACCCUUUGACCCAAGACGACUGGACAGAUAUGGCCUAUGUUGGAAACACGGCACGGCUUUGUCAGAGCAUUGUUGACGGCGAUUUGAAUGAGGUCAUGGAUUGGCUAUCUCAGGAAGGCGCUGAUCUGAACAAGCGCGACUACACUGGAAGAUCGCCCCUACAUCUUGCCGUCAUUAGUUCCACGCCAGAAAUUGUGAGUUGUCUCGUGGAGCAUGGGUCUAGGCUGACUGCCCGACUGGCCGAUGGUCGGACUGCGCUUCAUCUCGCCGCCGAGCGUGGCAACGUGGAGAUGAUCAAGAUCCUAAUGGAGAAGAGUGUUGCCAAUGAGGAAGAGGAAGAAGAAAAGCAGGAUCGCCGCCGUAAGGAGAGAAACAAACUGAAGGAUCAUGCUACUUCGCAAAACAUUUCGUCUCAAGACGAUGAAGACAUGGUUCUGGAUGAUCAUGACAAGCAGGGAUCUGAUGUGGAAGACUCCGAUAUCGACAUGGUCGAGGCCGGCAAUACUGAAGCAGACUCGAUGGUUACGGGCUCUUUUGUCAACGUCAAGGGCGACGAGGAGAAGAGUAAAGAAGACCUCAUUCUUGAGGAGGAGUCGACCGACGAGCCGGACUUUUAUAAGGUCGACGUGUUGGCUUGGGACGUUCCUUGCUCGCCUCUUCACCUUGCCAUUUCCGAGGGACACGAGGAGGCUGUGAAGACCCUCUGCGAAUUUGGAAGCGAUGCUCUCCUUCCAGUCAAAUUUCUUGACUCAGAGAAACAGCCAACAGCGGCUAUUCUUACGCUUGUACUGGCUUUGUCACUCCCUCUUGAGAAGGCCAAGUCCAUGGCUCUUCUACUUUUGAAACUCGGCGCUACCUCGUCACAGGCUGACCUCAAUGGUUGCACGGCAUUCCAUCGCUACGUGCAAAAUGGCAAUCAGGAAAUGAUCGACACGCUCUGGGAGAACGACAAAACUGGACUCAAGACGGCGAUUAACCACAUGGUUAUGGGAAACCAAUAUUGGAAUCCUCAGGCAAUUGCUCCCAUUCAUACAGCUAUCGAGAACGGCGAUUCGAUUUUGGUCCUCAGGUUGCUCGAAGCUGGCGCCAACCAGCAAAUCGACUUUGAUACAUGGCUGAAGGCCGUCAAGUUUUCUAAGGCGUCACACCAAUUGCGCUCAUACGAGGAAAAUCAGAAGAUGUUCAAUCGUUCAACGACACAACCUUUAAUUGUCGCCAUAAAGGGUUGUACCAAUCCCGAGAUUGCCCUCAGGCUGCUUGAGAAUGGCGCGGACCCGAACACCUUGACGGCCGAAUCUCACCAAGUCAUUGACGAUGAAUGGCAAAGAAGAUACAACAAGGGACAGACAAUACUUGAUCUUGUUCGACAACAGCUGGAGAAUCUUCGCAAAUACAAAGGGGAGAACCGAACUGAUAACAAACCAGUUUUGCCUGUAGGAAUGGACAAUUAUCUUCAGAAAUACGAAGACGGGACCUACCAGCACUGGAUGGUUUCUGAAGACAUCAAAUUGCAGAAAUCUACUUACGAGUCGAAGAAGAAAGAUCAGGAAGAAAAGAAGAAGAAAAAUGCGGAGCUCAAGGGCGCUCCUGAGAAGUUGGCAGCCAUCAAGGAGGUUAUUGCAGCUCUUGAGGAAGUGGAAAAGUCUAUCUUAUCAAAGGGCGGAAAGACAUUCCAGGAGCUUUACCCUGAUAUCAAGCCCCCAGAGAACUACUCAAGGAGUACUACGCCACCUGAAGAGAAGAAGCCAGUACCAUAUGAGCACAUCAUCUCUUUUAGGGGCGUCACCGAUGUUACGGAAACAAGCAAGGCCGCAUACUUGGAUCUUUUCGAAGCUGCGUGGACUGGCAAUAUUGACAAGAUUAAGGCUCUUACACUACAAGCCUGGGGUAAGGAUCAAGAUGAGCCACCAUUAAAGAUUGCGGUCAGUGAUCACACGGACAACACGCCAUUUUCCUUGGCGUUCCUUCGCGGCCAUUUCGAAGUCGCAUUGGCGAUUCUAGAGAUUGUCAUGGCCCAGUAUUCUCCUGAAGAGAAAGAAACAACUCGAUACAAACUGGAUACUGGUGGUUCAGAUGAGGAGGAUGAAGAUUCGUAUGAAAGCGAUGCAGAUUCUACUGAUGAGCCCAAGAUUGUUUCAGAAAUCGUCGACAAAAAGUUCACGAUUGAGAAUAUCGGCCAAGUGUCAAUGCAGGUGAAAUCCACCGUUAAGCCCAUUGAUUUCCUAACUCGACAGGUCAGACACUUCAAGAUUGGAGGUCAAACAGACUUCGACAAUCAUCGUGCCCUCGGAACUUUGUUCCAAUACGUUCUGAGAUCGGAUGAUAUGACAGGUCUAAAGACGCUUCUCGACAUGGCGAUCCAUUUUGCCGGCCAGAAGCUGAUCGAUGGCAGCCAGGAUGACGAGGAUACUGGCGGACGGUUCGAUUUUCCAGAAGGCGAUUUCCUCUGGGCUGUCAAGCAUGGGAAGACGACAGCACUGGCUGAAAUCAUCGGUCGAACUGGAGCGGGUAUUCCGCUCGAUGAACUUGUUAAAAAGAGUGGCGUGGAGAUGAAGAAGAAGUCGAGGUACUACCAAGGCUUAACAGUAUAUGGAAAGAAGAGAAAGGAUUGGGCAACAGCCGGGCGUAACAUGGUUGUACGGUCCACAGGAAUGAAAACGCCGCCGCUUCUCCAUGCUGCCCUCGAGGGCAGCCUUUCAAGUGUAGAGUGGUUCCUCAGCGAUGCACCCCAUCGCCAUUACACCGACUUUGGAAAGUCUAAGGCAGCUCGUGAAGACCAUAGGUUUAAGCACCUCAUUCAAUCUCCUGGAGGAUAUGACCGAGCCGUUUCUACAUGGCUAGGUAUCCAGAAUGAGCUUGUUCUUCAUUGUGCUAUCAUGGCGACCCCAAGCGAGGAAACCAGCAAGCUUGUCAAGUAUCUUGUCCAAGCCUGCCCCAAUUCCCUUGAGUACAAGUCAACCCUUGGGGAUACGCCCCUAUGGCUGGCCUUCUACUUUGGUAGACUUGAUCUUGCCAAAAUACUCAUUAAGGCAGGCGCAAAUCAGAUGACCCGAAACAAUACGGGUGACAACAUUAUCCAUGCCGCUCUGAGUGGCUACCCUAAGGCCGACCGGCUCAGUCCUGUAUUGGAUCUCAUUGACUCUAGUAUUAUCUCUCAUUUGUUUCAGCAGCGCAACAACCUGCAUGAAAGCGGUACCACACCGUUGCACUCGUGGCUCACAACUGUCUGCAACACAUAUGAGGUCAACUGGAACAGGAAGUACAGCUGUGAUGAGCAGAUACUGGAGGUGCUUAACUUGAUCUUGGAGCACUCUGAGGGCUCCGAGCUGGAAAUGCUCAACGGCGCGGGCGACACACCCCUCCACACUGCUGUCAUGCUACGCAACAAAGUCCUAACUAAGGCUCUGUUGGACUACAAACCCAAGCUUUUGUACCGAGAGAAUGCUGUUGGUCGCACCCCUGCCGAAAUUGCCCGCGAAGAGGUCACUGGCGAGAAGCUUGCCGCACCGCAGGCAAUCACCCUCUCCUUUAGUUCGUACAACAACGACAAAGAUCCCUCCUCCCUCGUCAACCGCAACAUCAAGACAUUCAUUGAUAAAGACGGCGAGAAGGAUAUUCACAGGAAGUUCAAGACUGCUUCUGGAAAGCAACAGGUAUGGGAAGUUGCAAGUUCCAUCCUCGAGCGCUUCCCAGACAAGCGUCGUCUUGUCUCCCUCAACGAGGCCAACGACGUCGCCAAGCGGCUGGGAGAGAAAUACAAUGCCAGCCGAUACUUUAGCAUCCAGGCGCGCAACGACGAAUACGCUGACCCCGAGGAUAACGAGGCCAAGGAGGAGAACAAGGAUGAUUUCGCGGCGCAGACCCGGCGGAACCGGGCCGGCUUCACAUGGUGGGUGGCUGGAGACAAGCCGGAGGCGAAGUGCUCUUCUUGCAGAGAAUGGCACGAUUGA